GGCGGCGGCGGCGGCCGGGGCGCAGCGCCAUGGACCGGCUGGGGCUUUUGGGACUGCUGUGUGCAGCGCUGCUGGGCUGCUGGGAGCCUGGUGAUGCCUUAAAAUGCUUUGAUAAGCAGUAUAUGUACAAGGGCAGAUGCUGCAGCCGGUGUCAGCCAGGGGAAAAGCUGGUCUCUGAGUGCAAUGAAACAAAAGACUCUGUCUGUGCCCCCUGUGAGAAAGGGCAGUAUCAGUCAAGCUGGACCAAGGAGAAGCACUGUGCUCCUCAUGAUAUCUGUGAAGGCAAUGCUGGCCUCGUUGUGAAGAUGCAAGGCAAUACAACACACAACACAGUGUGCCAGUGCCGGGCUGGCACGCACUGCUCUGACAUCAGCUGCCAGACCUGUGUGGAGAACCAGCCAUGCCAGCUUGGCUCUGGCUUUGUGGCAGCCAAGGCCAUGGAGCGGAUGUCGUCCCCCUGUGAACCCUGCACAGAAGGCACUUUCUCCAACGUCUCUUCUAAAACCGAGCCAUGUUACCCCUGGACAAGUUGUGAGGAAAAGGGGCUGGUGGUGAAGGUGAAAGGGACGAACUCCUCGGAUGUGAUCUGCGAGUCGAGCAGGCGCUCCUCACUGUCAGUGCUGAUCCCCAUCACAGCUGCAGUUGUCACGUGCCUCGUGGGUGUCUGCAUCUACUGCCUGGUCCAUACAGAUUCCAGGCGACGGGUGCCGAAGGAGAUAGAGGCUGGGGAGCCCGGAGAGAACCCAGAUACCCCGCAGCCCACGGAGCAGGAUGAGAAUGUCUUGCCUGUGCAGGAGACCCUGCUCAGGGGCCAGCCUGUGGCCCAGGAGGAUGGCAAGGAGAGCCGCAUCUCGGAGCAGGAGAUGCUGUGAAGGUGCAGAGCACUGCCUCCGACAGGAGCACAGACUGGGGACCAGCACCAUCUCCUCUGUCCCCUCUCCAGCUGGGGAGGAAACCUGGCAUCUGGCCUGGCUGCAAAUGGUGUGAUGCUGCAAUGGACCAUGGCACAAGCACCCCACGGGAAUACCACUACAACUGCUGGUCUGGUCACCUGCACGGGACUGCCCUGGUGGAGCAAGGCUUGGCUGCCCACAUGGGGACACAGGACAGAGCCCCAUUCUGCUUCCUGCCCGGGUGAUGCAAUGAAGCCCAGCCUGGCCCCUGGCCACAGCAGAGUGUCACUGCUGACAGGAGGACCCCAGCACAAAGCCCGGGCUCCCUGAGUGCUGGAGUAGCCAGGGCUGGGAAAGGGGACUGCUAAUGUGAGACCAGCACGGCAGAGCUCAGUCCCCUGUCUGGGGUGCUGUGGAAGCGCUGCCUGUGAUGGAGCAGGGUCCGGUGGGUGCUGGCAUCCGAUCAGGGCACCCCGGCCCCUCCGUGCCGCCCAGCACUGCCGGUUUCCGUGGGCAGAACAAAGGCAGGAGCGGCGGGUCCCGGCUGUGCCUGGCACAGGGCCGGGCUGGCGGCGGGGCCGGAGCGCAGACACCGGCGUGCG